AUUAAAGGCUUCUCUUAUAAGCAGGCCAAUGACAGAAAAAGCAACAGUUAGCGAUGCCUUUGUGCAAGCAGAUCAGCAAAUAUUGAUUCAAAUGCCAAGCGGCAAUGUUAAAGUUGUCCAAGUAAAGCCUAAUAGCACAGUGAGCCUUGGCAAGUUUGGAUCCUUUAAUGCAAACGAUCUUAUAGGAAAACCCUUUGGAUUGCCAUAUGAAAUAUAUGGAGAGAAAAAUGAAUUACGGCCAGCUAAGCACGCUGCCAAGAACAUAAAUGUUGAGGAAACGGAUGCAAAUAACCAAUUGAUUAUUGAUGACACAACCGUGCAGAAACUAACACAGGAAGAAGUAUUAAAAUUAAAGGAAGAAGGAUUAAAGGGUGCCUUGAAUUCAGAAGAAAUUAUCAACAAAAUGAUAGCCUCUCACGCUGAAUUUGACAAAAAGACAGAAUUUUCAAAGGCCAAAUAUAUUGAGCGUAAAAAGAAAAAGUUCAUGAAACUAUUUACUCCUAUUCGACCCACUCUGUUUUCAAUUACGGAAUACUUUUUCAGCAAAAAUCCAGAAAAGAUCAAACACCUACGUAUUGAUACAUUGUCACAGUUAUUAAGCAUAUCUAACGUUCACCCAAACAGCAAGAUGCUAGUUGUGGAUGAUACCCAAGGAUUGAUUGUGUCGGCUAUGUUAGAAAGAAUGGGUGGUUAUGGUCAAUUGGUAGCUGUACAUGAAGGAGACUUUCAUAAUUACGAUAUUCUACGAUACAUGAACUUUUCUAAAGAUAUACUCGAUACCUUAUAUACGGUUCCGGCUGCCUUUGUUGAUCCAGAAAUGCCUAAUGAUCCUUUUGAAGUAUUGACAGAUGAACAAUUUGAGGCAUUAGGCAAAGACGCCCAAAGAUCUUAUACUCGACGUAAGAACAACUAUGAUUAUAGAACAAAAUCAAGGCAGCUUUUAUUUGAUGGAAACUUUGAUGGUUUAGUCAUUUCAUCAAAUUGCUCUCCAGAAUCAAUUAUUAAGGAGCUGAUGAAGUAUGUCAAUGGAUCAAGACCAGUUGUUGUAUACAGUUUCAGCAAAGAGAUACUAUUACAAGCAACAUAUUGGAUGAGAAGAUCUCGUGAUUUUAUCAAUGCAGAUAUUACAGAAAGCUUCCUAAGACAAUACCAAGUAUUACCGGGGCGCAUGCAUCCUAACAUGAAUAUGAGCGCAGGAGGAGGAUAUAUUUUGUCCGCUCUUCGUGUCAUUGACUGUCCAUUUGAUAUUACAUUAGUAAAAAGGGAUGAUAGCAAUAACAGGCGCCAUAAGAAGAAAAAAUAAGCUUGGAGAGGGAUAUACUCUGUCAAUUAAAAGCGAUUUAAAUUGUUGAUUUCAGUUAGAAACUUAAAUAUGAAUGCAUUGUCUUCUUUAGUAAAUAAUAAACCCUUAAAACUUAGAAUCCAAGCAUUGAAGCGUUGUCUGAUCGUACAUGGGAAUCCAGAAAGGAAUUGCAUAAAGUGGAGUCUAAAUACACGUAAUACCAGGCUUUUUUUUUAAUACAGAAAGCAAUUGUAGAGUUGGACAACAUAAUACAUGCAUAGGAAUCCCUUU